AUGAAGGUCCUUGCGAACCUAGCCCUAGUUGCCUACCUGUCGGGGAGCAUUAGUGCUCUCCCAACGCCUGAAGGGUCUUACGGCAAUUCUAUAAUUGCUCGAUCGGAGGCUGUUGCCGAUGGUACUGAAUCCUUCGGCUCGGGUGACUGGAAGAAGCGAGCAGACGAUGCUGUUGAUGGUACUGAUUCCUUCGGCUCUGGCGACUGGAAGAAGCAUGGAGAGGAUGUUGCUGAUGGUACUGAAUCCUUCGGCUCGGGUGACUGGAAGAAGCGAGCAGACGAUGCUGUUGAUGGUACUGAUUCCUUCGGCUCAGGCCCCUGGUAG